CCUGAACUAUGUUCUCAGUUUUGCUUCUAUUCUCUGUGCUCUGCUGACUAUGACAGGAAUCUCCCAUCAUGCCAUCAGACAUGAGACUUGUGAUUCUGGGUUUUAGAGAUGCAGGGAAGAGUUCAGCAGGAAAUACCAUCCUAGGGGGACAGCACUUCUACAGUAAGAAAACAGUCCAGCGAGUGAAAGGAGAGAGAAACGUAGAUGGCAGACAUGUCACUAUUAUUAAAGCUCCAGGCUGGGGAAAGGACCAACUUCUUAAAGACACGGCUGAGCUCAUGAAAGAAGAAAUUACUCUCAGCGUGUCUCUGUGUCCUCCAGGACCCCACUCAGUCCUCCUAGUCAUACGUGCAGGCAUGAAGUUCACAGAGACUAGCAGGAGAGCAGUACAGGAACAUGUGGAGCUUCUAGGUGAGAGAGUGUGGAGUCACACCAUAGUGCUGUUUACUCAUGGAGACUGGCUUGGGGAGAGAAGCAUUGAGCAGUACAUCGAGAGUGAGGGCAAACCUCUCCAGUGGCUUGCUGAGAAAUGUAGGAACAGGUAUCAUGUCUUCAGCAAUGAGACUACUAAAGUUGAGGUUUCAGAACUGUUUCGCAAAGUAGAAGAGACAGUAAUUGGGAAUAGCGGCCAUCCUUAUGAAAUAGAUGGAAAAGUACUGAGGGCAGUGGAGGAGAGAAAAACUGUAGAGACCAAGAAAGCGGAACAGAUGAAGAAUAAGUUUCAGGAGAAAAGGGAUGUACCGACUUCAACAGGAUAUGAUGCUAAGACAAGUACAGAGACUGUGAAAUCCAUACCUACAGGGGUUUCUAAAGAUCUGAGGAUUCUUUUGCUUGGUCACUCAAAUGCAGGGAUGUCUUCUGUAGGGAAUGGUUUGUUGAGCAGCCGGGAGUUUGAUUCAGAAAAUGCCCUCCAGGCAGUGAAGAAGCAACGUUGGGUGUCAGGGAGGCAUAUCACCAUAGUGAACACCCCUGGCUGGGGACGAGAGCAGCGUCUUAGUGACACUCCUGAACUCACCAGACAGGAGAUCAUACUCAGUGUGUCCCACUGUGACCCAGGACCUCAUGUUCUGGUCUUGGUUAUACGUGUGGGUGAGACAUUCACAGAGUUAAAUCGAAGAGCAGUGCAGGAUCACAUGGAUCUCCUUGGUGCAAGAGUGUGGGAGCACACACUUGUUGUGUUGAAAUGUGUGCGUGGACUGGAUAAUCUGCCCAUUAAGCAGUAUAUUGAGAGAGAAGGGAAAGCCCUCCACUGGCUGGUAGAAAAAUGUGGGAACAGGUGCUGUGUCCUGGAUAAUAAGAAUAAAUCAGAUUAUUCUUAUGUCGAGGAGCUUCUAAAAGUUGCUGACAGCACAGUUGAACAAAAUGGAGGGUCUCAUUAUGAGAUGGAGGGAGAGGUAUUACAGGAAGUACAAGCAAAGAAAAAGGGACAGGUGGAGAGAGCAAAAGAAAGAGAGAAUAAGGUAAGAAAACUCUGGGAGGAGCUGAAGAUGUGCGAAGGCCUGGAAAAGAUGACAAUCAGGGACAAGCCAAGAAAGGAGACAACUACAGUAACGAAUCAGACAAGGUCCUUCCUAACAGAUAUUCCCCUCCAAGAGUUCCGAAUCAUGCUGCUGGGACACAGAGGAUCUGGAAAGACGGCAGCUGGAAACACCAUCUUGGGCAGUGAGGCCUUCCACACCAAGCAGAGUGUACAGAGCAUGAAGAAAGAAGCUCGUGUAGCAGGAAGACGCUUAACUGUGAUCAGAGCAUCGGACUGGGAAAAGGAACAACUUCUGAUAGACACUCCUGAACUGACUAAACAAGAGAUUAUGCUCAGUUUGUCUAUGUGUCCUCCGGGACCUCAUGUUUUUCUUGUGCUUGUAAGUGUGGUAUUGAAAUUCACUGAAGCAAGCCGCAGAGCCAUUCAAGAACACCUGGAACUUCUCAGUGAGAAGGCCUGGAAGCACUGCAUGGUGCUGUUCACAUGUGAGGAGUGGUUGGGAGAUAUAACAAUUGAACAGUACAUUGAGAGUGAAGGCAAGCCUCUCCAGUGGUUAGUUGAGAAAUGUGGGGACAGGUAUCAUGUGCUCAACCACAAGAAGAGGAGGGAGAACAGUCAGGUGGCAGAACUGCUACAGAAGAUUGAGCAUAUGGUGACAGGAUAUGGAGGCAUCCAUUAUCAACUAGACAGUGACACAAUAUCUAAGUUAGAAAACAUGAGGAAGGAGGAGACAGAGAGGGCGGAUGAGAGAAGGAUGAGAGUAGAGAGUCAGAGGCGAGAACUGCAGGCUAAAUUAAAAUAAUUGACAAAAGGAGCCAUACAUUCUGUUCAGAGCAUCAUUAACAGUGAUGUUAACAUGACAUAUGCGAUACACAUUGGAACAAAAAAUGUUCUCUUCCGAGUACUCCUCCAAAGGAAAAAAAAAAUAAUGAUGCUACUUUUUGUAGUUUUGCAAAACAAGUGUGUGUGUGUGUGUGUUUGGGUUUUGAACUUCAACCUUUAAUAAAUGUGUGUAUAUUUUUUGCUU